CAUGGGGCUAAACGUUAAUCACAUUUCUGGGGAUCUGGAAUUGACAAUUGAAUGAUAUGUAGAUACACUUGUAGAGUGCCAACGACGUGUAUGCGUAGAGCGUCAUCAGGUACCUCUCAACCUUACACGUUCUCUCCAAACGCCCAUAUCAACCACAUCAGUAGACAUAGCCGUUUGCCAUCACCAAUCUACCAUGCUGGCUCCAGACUUCAAAAGAAGACGCAUCUCCCUUACCUACUGAGCGAAAUACCCAAGAGACACAUACUACACACAUGUGGACUAUCCCAAAUAACCCACACCAGUUAGCCCAUGAUGCCCCAAAACCUCCCCCCAAAAGCCUUCCAAACCCUCAAGAAACUAACCCUCCACGGCGACGCCGGCGCCCACAACCAAGGCAUCUACCUAAUGAAGCACCUCCCCAGCGCCAAAAUCUACAUUGAAAAGCGCCUCCUCCCCUCCCGCGCCACCAAACGCGAAAUCCGCGCCAUGCGCCUCUGCAACCCGCACCCACACCUCAUCUCCAUCUUCACCUUCACCCAAUCUAGCACCACCUCUAUAAUCUCAAUCUACAUGCAACACUGCGAGCUUGGCAGCCUGGACACCCUGAUCCUGCGCUUCAACGCGCACAACACCCGCUUGCACGACGAAGGCUUCGUCUUCCGCGUCUUCUGGCACCUAGCCCUCGCACUAUGUUAUUUAAAUACUGGCGCCGAUUACACCUCUACGCGGCAUCGCGCCAUUCAAGGUAAACCCGCGGUGAAGAAGCAAGGCUGGGAUUCCCUGCUACAUGGCGACAUCAAGCCCGGUAACGUAUUCCUUACGCAAGAUAGAGCGUGUAAAGGUGCGGAUGCGCAUACGCUUUAUCCGUGCAUUGUGCUUGGGGACUUUGGCUGCAUGGUCACGAGGUCGGAUCGGUAUUCACGGCAUGCGGGAUUGCUGGGGCGGGGGGAUCUGCGGUUCGAAGCGCCGGAGUGCAAGGGUAAUGUGUAUAGCGAUGUCUUCAGUGUGGGACUCGUGUUGCACUGCCUUGCGCGUAUGGCGCAGAUUCCAGAUGAGAUUCUACUGCCAGAUAGGCCACUGGGCAGACAGUAUACGGGGUGUAAGUAUCUGGCGCAGAUGGUGCGGGAUUGUCUUGCGCGGACGCCCGAAGAGAGGCCUUCGCCGCUGGAGCUGCCCAAGUUGGUGUUUGAGGGUUAUCGUGUGUGGAGGCAGGCGAGGGGUUGCGAUGGUGUUGCUCUGCCUAAAUGGGCUUUUGGCUAAAUACCCUGUUUAGCAAAUAUAUAUGUAGGAUUCAUUAAUCUAUAUAUGAAAGUGAAUCGGUU